ACAUGUUAUACAACAAGUUAUACAACUUGUUUCAUAACAUGUUACAUAACAAGUUAAAUAAUAAGUUCUAUAACAAGUAAUACAACUUGUUUCAUAACAUGUUACAUGUUUUUAAAUGUGUAUACCAGUGUGGACAAACGGCCAACAUGUUAUACAACAAGUUAUUUAACUUCCUUUGAUCUUUACCGACACUGCAUGGGAAACAUAUAACUUGUUUUAUAACACUUAUUUUGUUAUAAAACAUGGUGUUAUAUAACAUUUUUCUUCACGUUUUCAUAACAAGUUAUAUAACUUUGUUGUAUAACUUGUAAUAUAAUUUUCAUUAUUUUCAUUUUGUAACAUGUUGUAUAACUUUGUAAUAUAACAUUUUAUAACUUGUUUUGUUAUACAGUGUAGACCCACCUUAAUAAAAUCCUGUAACCAUGUUACAAGCUGUAGCCUGUUCACUUAUGCCAUGCGAUUAAAGUCCUAAACACCAUUAUCAAAAUUUGAUGCCUAGAAUGGUAUUUUAAAAUGCAAAUAUAAUAAAUAUUUUUAAAAUCAUGAUGAUGGGGUGAUACGUAUUUUCGUGUUUUAUCGUUGUUUGUCAACCUGUGAUGUUCGGACUUCAAGAGUAAAAGCGCAAACUAAUGAAAUUUAUGUCUCAUGUUUUAAAAAGUUAUUUAUGUAAUUUUUUAAUCUCAGUGUUAUUUUGAUUUAUUUUUCCCUUUUUGUAACGGACUGUUUUUUUUUUUUAAUUUUUAGUUUAAAUGUGAAUGAAAGAUGCUAGAGGUUAUGGGCCUUGUAUUUACAUGUAUCAAAAAUAUUUUUGUUGGCCUGUCUGAAGUGAAUUGCUCCCAAUGGCUGGUGUGGCUGCUGGCUCCAUUGCUGAUAACAUUUUUGCUGCCUCUCGUUAUUGCGUUCCUGUUAUACCUGACAGCAGUCAUUCUUUACAUUUACAAGCUGCACAGGGAUUGUCUGCGCCAAGCGUAUGAGCACGACUUCUGGGACGGUGCGCGGAAGACAGUGGCGGCAGUCUGGGAUGCUCACGGCUGGAUCUGGCACGGAUAUGAAGUGAAGGGCAUGGAAAAUAUUCCUGAUGAGACACCGGCGCUGCUAGUCUACUACCACGGUGCGCUGCCCAUAGACUUGUACUACUUCAUAGCGAAAACUGUGAUGCUCAAGAAUCGCCUGAUCCACACUGUUGCAGAUAGAUUUUUAUUCAAAGUCCCAGGGUUCUCGAUAAUCUCAGAGGCGCUAAAUGUCAUACCCGGCACUAUUCAAAUCUGUGCAAACAUACUGAAAAGCAACAACCUCUUGGCCAUCGCACCGGGCGGUGUUUAUGAGGCGCAGUUCGGGAACUCUUACUACCGGCUCAUGUGGAAGAAAAGAUUAGGAUUCGCUAAAGUCGCACUUGAAGCAAAAGUGCCAAUCAUCCCGGUGUUCACGCAAAACCUGCGAGAGGCAUUCCGUAGCGUGUCGCUGGGCCGUCGCCUGUGGCUGAAGAUCUACGCGCUCACGAAGCUGCCCAUAGUGCCGAUAUACGGUGGCUUCCCCGUGAAGCUGUGCACGCACGUGGGGGAACCAAUCCCGUACGACGGGAGCCUCACUCCAGAGCAGCUUCAGCAGAAGGUGGCAGCAGCGUUGGAAGAGCUAAUGGAGAAGCACCAGAGGUUCCCGGGCAGCAUCUUCAGGGCACUGGUGGAGCGUGUGUACAGCGUGCCCAAACACAAAACGGCAUGAUCAGGGCUCACGAAGCAUCGAUCAUGACUUAAGUAUUAGCUUCCAGAAACUAAGAAUCGUCUCUCUAUGUUUACCAGUAAGUUGGUUACGCCUGUAAAUUUUUCAAUUGUUUUUUUUUUGUUGAGUUUUUAUACAUGUUUGAUAGCAGUUUCUGAAACCAGCAAUACGUGAUGUAACGACUAGCUUUGUUUGGCUAGUCAUAAUUGAUGUACUUGUUGUAGGCCUAUUUUAUCGCUGCAGUUAAGACUGCUAAUUUGGGGUUAGGUAAUAAAUUACAUUCUUACAUGUGCAUUUUUUAGUUGCAAAAUAUGUAAAAAAAAUUGUGAUAAAGGAUUUAGGUAUUGAUUAUUAUAACUCUGCUGUAUAAAAUAUUUUUCUAGAAAUGGACUAGUUGAGGUUUUGGUUUUUCUAAGUCAAACUGAGAUGUUUGUUUACACGUCAAGCCAAGUUUAGUCAGGUGGUAAUGUAAAUGGUCGAGUUGGCUCAAGUUAAUGUAAUACAAAGUUUGUUUGCAGAGUAUUAGAAAAAAAAUUAUAGUUACGACAAAUUGUUGGAUGUAAAAAAAUUUGUCUGUUGAAAUCGUAUGAAUCCACUGUAAAUACUUUUCUUCCUAUAAAAUGUGUAAUAUCAGGGUGGCUUGGCUGGUUUAAACCACAAUAGUUUAAAAACACCAAAUUGUUUUUUAAUAAUGUAUUUUUAAAUAGAAUAUCUUAAUAAUUUUAAUGAAAUAUCUAAUUAUACUCUAGUACCUAACAACAAAAUUUUGGUCAUUAAUGUUUCUUGUGAUUUACAGGAACGAAAACUUAUAUACUAAUCAAGAUCUAAUCAAUUAAAUUAUCUGAACAAGUUGUAAAUAAUACCUAGUUAAAUACUCCUCUAAAAUUAAAAAUAUUAAAUAGUAGUUAAUUCCUAUUCUUUGGGAAAUCCCUGACUACCCUGGUUAAGUCCUAGUCAGAUGUGGAGAUAUGCUGGACUUCAGUUCUUUGAUGUUAUAACUUUUCUGGUUUAACAUGAGUGGCAGAAAGCGAGAUGUUGUAUGGCUUUCAUUUGAACAUGGUAACAAGCAAAGGAACUAACAUACUAAAAAAAACCAUGGUUUAGACAAUUUUUAUUUAUUUAUUUAUUUAUUUUUUUAAUUUUUUAAUUUUUUAAUUUUAGUAUUUGCCAAUGCUGGUUCUAAUUGAGGUAAAUAUUUUCAAAAGUGUAAAUUGCACUUCCACACUCAUUGUGGUAGAACCUGAACUGUUGACAUAUGACUCAGCCCAAAAAGUCAGUAAUUUUUUUUAUUUUUUUUGCUGAACUUAAACUCUUUGCAUCCUCAAAAAUAAUCUCUCACUUAAUUUUGGAUUGAAAAAUUUAGUAAAUUUCAAAGAAAAUAUUUUUGUAGAAUCUCUGACUUAGAAAAAAAUAUUCUCACAUCUGGUAGCCCUGCAAACAUGAUACUGUUUACAUAGUUGUUCUAGUGUGGAAUAGCUCUCCGUUUGCUGGUAAACAUUUUAAAGUUAGUGUUUUUAAGCGUAGGUUGUGAUAUUCUGAAAGGAAUUUCAACAUGUCUCAACAAGGCUUUCUAAUCAUAAUUUUUUUGUCUCAUAAUUUUUUUUCUUGAAUUUUCCUUAGAUACAGAAGUUAAUCUUUACCUUGUUAUUCAUAUUAAAAAUACUUUUAACAUUAGGAAGAAAGUGUCUAGAGGCAUUUUGUUAGCAGGUUUCGUCUGUAUUUUGGUAAACGAAGCAUUUAUCAAGAACUACAAUUUUUAUGAAUUUUCAAAUUUUAGUCAUGCACUGUAACUAAAAGUAUUCUCACAACUAUUUUACUGUACAGUGAAACCUCAUUAUAAAGUACCUCACUAUAAAGGAUUUCUCAAUUUAUAAUACAUAUUUUCAGGUUCUAGCAAGAUGUUUGACCUUUAGGUAUUAACAGUUCAGUUCUAAGUUCUUUCAUUAUUUAGUACUAAAAAGGUGGGUUUAAUCAAGUACUGUAUAUUGAGAUUUCACUCUCCUGUGUGGAAAUAAAAAAAAAAUCACCAAAGAUACAUUAAUUUCAUUUCACACUUUUCUUUAAAUAGAAGCAAAUCUUAAAAGAGGACUAAUUUAUUAUGGUUUUGCCGUAUAUUAAUACUUCUAUUGAAACAUCUCUCACUGUCGCAGCAGUAAAUACUACAAUUUAAAAUUUAUCUAACCCAGGAAAAAUCACUUAUUAUACAAGUUUUUUGAAAAAAAUUUUUGAGUGAAUUGCAAACAAAACAUAAAAAUUACAUUUCUCUUUGUUGUAUCUGACAAACUUGACUUGACUGUGUCAAAGCUUGAACUGAGGUUAUCUCUCUCAACCCAACUUGGCUUUACUCAAUCAAGAUUCAUCCCAUUUUUAUUUCUUAAAAGUUUUUGCAUUUCGCCUAAAAAGUAAGAAUUUUAAGUGUGGUAUAGACUUAGUGGUUGCUGUACUAGAAACUAGAGAAAUUUUACUAAGUUCAGAUUACAAAGCUAACCAGCAAAUAUUUCAGCAGAGCUUUCUUAACAGACUACUACACUUUGGACACUUGUCGUGCUUUUAAAUUCUUUUGAUGUGAUGUUUUUCAGUAAAAUAUGAAAAGUAAUGCAUUUAUUUUAAAAACAGGACCUGAUCUUAAUAUUGCAUAUCAGUGUUUUUUGCAAAAAUGUUUGCUUUUGUAGUUUUAUGGUGAUCUUUGAGACAUUCUCUGUAUUUGGUGAUCUUCAUUCUCUGUUUGGUGACCUUCCUUUGCUGUGUUGAUGAUUGUCUGACACUGAUUACAAUAUUGCUAUAAUCAUUGUGGCACCACUAAUGUAUUCCAGUAGCCAUUAUAGAUGUUGCAAAUCAUUGCAACUCGAUUAAUUAUCCAUUGUUGGUAUGCACGUGUAACAAAUUUACACCUGACUUGCUCCAUUUUUCUGCGUGCCUAACUUUUUUAUUUUUUUUUAUUUUUUGCAAAUAUGAAUAUACAGGAAAGUAUUUGAGUGUGAUAUUUACUCUAGAGCUAAAUCGUUAUUUUAUUCACUUAUGUGCAGGAAAAUGUGUAAUAAAUGUGGGAGCACGCUAUGUACUCAUAAAAGUUUUUGAUACCAAAAUAUAUCCAACUUUUUUUUUUGCAUCCGAUCUGAUGGCUGUACUAAACACAGCGACGAAUCUAGGUCAUGUUUGUCGCACGAAAACAAAUGAGCUGUUGAAACAUGCCUUGUCACCGAUCAAAAUAUGUUAGCUGUGACAAGUGAUAAGUGUUUGUUGAAAGUAGCAGCUUUGACAAGACAGCAUUUCAGUGAAACACACUAAGUGAGAACUGAGAUGUGUAAUAAUUGUGAGCACCUUGGAAUACGUGGGAAAGAAGGGCUCAGAUCGUGAGGGGCAAAGGGGGAGGAAACAGAGCAAUAGUAAAGGCAGUGAGCUCUCAUUACUUUUAAGCAUUGGAAGCAGAUGCCACUUAAUAUAAUAUAAUAUAAUAUAAUAUAAUGAGUAACUAAGACUGUCUUAAGGAAUAUAUUUUUUCGACAGUGAGAAAAAAAAGUAUAGAUUUUUCCCACCCUUAAAUUCAGUCCAUGGUGAAUACGUACGGAAGUAGGCCAUUGCAAAGCUUCGACUAAGCCAAUCAAUCAAAGCUCUUUUUAAUAUUGGAUUUUACUUCACCUGGAAAUUUGAUACGUAUUCAUUUUAUUUGAAGCUUCAGUUGUGAUGCAAGGCUUUGCAUGUUAUGUCAAACUUGGCAUUUCUUACAAAGCUUGGAAGCUUUUGCUCGUGAAAAUAUUUAGUUUUUUUUUUUUUGUGUUGUAGAGGUUUUGCUUGAAUGAAGUUGGUUACUUAAAAUAAAUCAAAAGAAGGCAUUCCUUUUGCUUUUAUGAAUGCUUGAAUGCUCACUAUUAAUUAUAAUGCAUAGUUAUUUUAUAAUUUUAUUAAAUGAUGUUAUAUGUACAACCCAUUUGAUUAAUCACUUAAUCAGUUUAAACAUUACAAAUGUUUAACAAUUUUUUUUUUUUUUUACUUCAAUCCUGUAUUUUAUAAAAUAAGUGUAAUACAGCGUCGCCGAGAACACUGUUCGCAAUUUGAUUUGACUUUGCAAAUUUUUUAAACAUUCAAUUUGAUAUUCACUUUGCAUCAAAAAACUAGUAUUCACUCAGGCCUAUACGGAAAUUGCAUUCAAGAAUUAGGUCCUUGGCGACAGUGGUCUCAGGCAUGAGGCUUUUGUGGUAGGGAUUUGUAGUUAGUGGCAGUUCAUUUAUAUGUACAUAUUUGUUGUAUGAGGAAUUUAGGCACUAAUUUGGUAGCAAGUGUGUCCAAUUUCCCUGUAAGCAGAUGGCUAUAUCUUGUAGCAUUUCUGUAUAUAAAUUUACUCUAUUGUAUUUGGUCACAAAAUUUUUCUUCUCUCCAUUUUUUAUUAAUUAAGAAUGAUGUAUUACUCUUAUAGUGGUCAACAUAAACAACUAAGGUAUUUGGUUUAGUCUUGACCUUAUAAUCUGAUUUGCUUGAAAGAAUUUUACAGUAACCACAUCAGUACUGAUAAUAUCGCAAAUAUAAUUUCAACAUAGUGUAUUGGAAGUGUACUGCCCCGUUAGACCAGGAAUCAUGGUUGAUUUAUUUUUAAUUUUUUUACAUUCCAAUCAUUUUGUUUUGAGAAGGAAGGUUUUUAUUUUGGACUGUUAGUUAAUGUUUAUACUUAUGUGUUAAAAUGUGCGUUACCGUAUGUUUUUAUUUGUAUACUUAAAUUGAAUGCAUUUUAGUUUUGUGGCUAGUUAUGCAAAGUUUAAAAUAUCUCACGUAAGUGCAGCAGUAUCUCACAAAGGUGGAUAUGCUAAAAGUCUAGUUGAACCAUAUAUGUGAUUUGUAGAAACCUGCAAAAUUUGCAUAUUUACUCGGCAACAAUCUGGAUUGAAAAGGUUUGUACAAUUGAAGGACCUGAGUCAUUGGAUCACUAAUUAUUUGACAUGCCUUGAAGGACUAGAAGCUAAUGACGAAUGCCUAAAAAUACAGAAUACGCGUCAUGCAGAUUAAUUUGGAGCCAGAAAAUAACGUGAAUUUUACAAGUCUUUAGUGAUUAGUAAUCUCACCACUGAUAUCGCUUUUUGAGGAGACUGAUCCAGUGGCUUCCGGGUAUAUUUCAGUACCUUUUCACACCAAUAAUAUUACUGAAAUCUAAUUUUAUUUAUGAUAAUGGAAAAAAAAAAAAGGACAACAUUUUACGGUUUUGGAAAACUUCAUUUUUUGCAUUCCAGGGUUUUUCAAGUUAAGCUCGAGUCAAGCUCCAAAGAAAUUUUCACUGUAAAUUUCAAACACACUUCUUAAAAAACAUAUGAGUUGCGGAAGAUACCAAUAAUUUAUUUUAUUUUUUUGUGGGGAAAUUUUUUUUUAUUUUGCAGUUAAAUAAUUACAUAUUCUUGCUGAUAACAAUUACAUGUUUGCAUAAAUUCAGUAUGAAAUUAAAAUUAUGGUUAGUGAAUAAUUACAUUUAUAAGAAUAUUCUUAUAACUAUGUAUUUACUCAGUAUCUAGCAAUUAUUUUAAUAAAGCCAAUGAAAAAAAAGUAAGGUUAAAUGAUGGUUUGAGUGCAUAUUAAAUGUAGUUUAUAUAAAAUCUUGCUAGUUUUUCUAAGGAAACAAAAUUAAACAUCAGUAUUUAAAUUCUUAUAAAUGUUAAGAAUACUAUCCAUCAAUUUUUGUAGGAUGACUUUGAAAAACGAUGCUCUGGAGUUUGGGAUGACGGAAAUAUAAGAUGAUCUCAAAUGUAAGAAGAUUAUAUAAUAUAAUAUAGAGUCUCGAAAAUAAUGAUAGUAUUGAUUUUAAGACAACCUCACAUACAAGGCUAGAUUUGUUUACUACAACAAAUAUAUUUUUACUCAAUCUUCAGUUAAUUUCAAUCUUAGAAUACUUGUUUUUAUUUUGUUUGAGGAACUUACCAUGGGUUAGUUGUGUUUUUAAAUAAUUUGACCAAAAAAAAUCCAUUGCAGUUUUUGCAACCAAUGAAAAUUUAAAGCAUGUAUGUAGAUAGAAAAAUUUUAGGUAUAUUUUCUAGAUGCAGUUUUUUUAUUAUUAACAUCGAAGUAUUGUAAGAUUAACAGUUUUUUGCUGUAUAUGUAAUUGAAGUAGUAUUCUGCAGUGGCAUUAUGCAGGUAGUGAUACCACCGCUGAUAAACUAAUCAUUGUCCUUUAUUAGUGUCAGUAAUUAUGAGCCUGCAGUUUUUUCAAUAGUCAAAACAGUUUUUUUAUAAGGUUAGUUGUAGCAGGCGGUCAUUCCACCUUAUUGCCAAGUAUAUUAAAAAUAUUUUUAAAAAUUAUUCAUAAUAAAAUUGAAUGUGUCUGUGGGAUGUGAAAGUGCAUAUUUCAUAUAGUUCAAGCUUGACUUUUCUAAACAGAGACUUGGCCUACUGGCAUGUUCAUGACUUGAGGCACAGUAAAGUAUUACCACUCAAUUAACCUGCUGAGUGUUUGCUUGUGCACCCUAGCAGGCUGUUAUUAGCAAGGUCCAACUGUGAUUUAAAGUGUGGAACAAAUCCUGGUACGUAGCUACGCACUCCUGCAGGCUAGACAGUGUUGCCAAUCUUCCUCCUCUCCACCGCAAACAAGCCUUGCUUCCCAGGCCCACUUGGCCGUGUCCAGUUCGACUGCCUUCAGAGUGUGUGAAGAGAUGGAUAAUCUGAUGUGACUUUGUUUUAUACACAUUUGUUGUUGUUGUUGUUUAAGGAUUACAAGUUACCAUAAACUGCUUCUUUUCAAAUAUUAAUUUGCAAGUGAGCCCCACACGCAAAAAUGUGGUAUUAUUGAUUCAGAACGAAAAGUAGACAGGAAUGUGAUUACUCAAAUGCACACAGGAAAAGACCUAGUAUUUAGAUGUCUCGCCACCCAAGGUGUUGGUUUAUAACUGUGAUUACUCGCCUAAAUGUGUUUCUUUCUUUGUCCAUCAGCCAGCAGAAGCCUGUGCAUACAUAUUAGAUUUUGACUGUAAAUUGUCUACGGCUGGGUUUAGCACACCAUAUUUGGCUAUCUUGUUUUCUUGUCAAUUCAAGUAUUUAGGAGCUAUUCCUGUAAAUUCAUCAUGAUGGUUCUCUCACAUUUUAUGUUUCAUCUCAAAUUACUCAUUUAUGAAAUACAAAUUAUCCAAUAGUGGUUAAAGGUCAUGCAAGAGUUCAUGAUUAUGAUAAUUUGCAUGACCCUUAACAGCUUAAAAUAGUAAAUACAUAUAUGGUGAGAGUAUUUGUAACACAACAACGAAAGCAUGAGUGCUACCAGAAUAAAGUGACAAGAAAAUCCCAUUAUUAAUCAGAAUAACAAGAAAAUGAAAUAACCAACUUGGCUGUGCCUUGACUAGAGCUUGUUUUCCUUGUUUGACACUUGUGUUGCAUUACAGUGUGUCAAGAAACUGCAUGUCUGGUCUGGUGUGAUGUGUCAUUUGCAUCGUGUGGACAGAGUGUUUAAGGCUCUGCCUGUCAGGAGCUAUGUUUGAGUGAGGCACCAACUCGGUGGAAUAUCUGUGUUAAAGUUCAGUAAUACACCUGUCCUACUUUAUAUGUACCAGGAUACAAUUUUUAAAAAAGAACUGUCUAUAAAGGCCAUGUCUGCCACCAUUUUAGUGUUUUUAGUUUGUGUAAACACCCACUCCUCAAAGUAACGCCCUUAAUUGUAAACAGAGUGUUAAUCCAAACAGUGCUAAUCAAAUAUGUUUUUUUUUCAUAAGUGUGUGUGUUAAUCAAAAUAAUUUGUUUUCCAAUCAGGGAAGUGUGCUUGCUGACAAACAUGUUAAUCAAGACACUACUCCUGUUAAAAUCAAUUUACAGUACUAAAUAAUGUAUGAGUACCAAUGAAAUUAAAUAUUUUAUUUUCGUUAAAAAUUAAUUAAAUAUUAAAGUCUAUACUUAAAAAAAACAUUUAAAUAAAUGUGUUUAGUAACAUUUUGAGAUAAAAUAACCUAAAAUUAAAUUUUAAAGUUUCAGGGACCACAUUGUUUACAUAAUAGGGAUUUGGCAUGACAUUCAUGAGAGACUCUGACAUUUCAGUGUUACAAAAUAAUUAUGUAAUUAAUGUAGGAGACAAAUUAAAAUUUUAAUAAGAUUGAAAAAAAAUCACAAAUUUAAUGUUUUCUAUUAUUAAAAAUAUAAUUUAACCUUUUAAGGUGAUUCCCAACUCUGUCGUUUACUAAAUGUGUGUGUACCAUGAUUUGCACUAGCGUAUCCUAGUAGGCAUGAGGUAAACUAGCCCAGUGGCUUAUAGCUUUACUCUCCAGAUCUGCUGCCGAGAUGCAUAGACAAUAUUAUAUAAAGCAUGGGCUGAACACUUGGGUCUUUGCCGAAGAUAAAUAGGCACUGAAGGAAGAGAAUAGCUAUUAAGGAAAGAGCAAAAUAUUGUUUGUUGAUUUGUUAUGUUAUUAAUUCGUUGCAAUGUAUUUAUGCUACACAAGUGCUGUUGCCAUUGUGCAUGCACGGAAAUAAAAAUUCACGUAAAAGAAAACAAUGCUACUUUGAAUCUAUAACCGUGCUACUUACCAUGCUAUAAUUUAUUGGCGUCGUUACUUCAAAAAUCGGGCAUAUCAAACAAGCUUUACUUCGAGGGGUGGGUUUAGUUUUAUAAGUUAUAAUCGCCAACCAGCUGAAUGUAUGUUUUUAUUUAUGAGAACAGUUUGCAAAUAAUAAGUGCAUUGGUUUUACAGAAAAACUUAAUGUGUGAGAGAUUAUGUGCAAUGUCUUUUGUCGCCUAUCAAAGUGUGUGCAUUUUUUGUUAUGCUUAGUUAUGUGUAUGCAUAGAAGCAAAUGAAAGCAAAAACAAAUUGGAAUAUAUUUGUUGUUUACAUGAAUGUCUUAAGGCUUUGUCUCAUACACCAUAUUGAAUAUUUUGUUUCCUUGUCGUUACUAGUAUUUAUAAAAUAGUCCUAUAAAUUGAUGUUGAUAGCUCUAAUAUAUUUUACAUUUGAUUGCAAAUUUUGUCUCCAGGUAUUAAUUACCUAAAUGUUAUUUGUGAGCUGUAAUAGAUCACGUAAGGGAUCUUUAUUACAAAUACCUUGGGUGGCUUUUUACUGCUAUAAAACAUCACUUAGUAAACAUCUAGUGACAAAAUUUAUGGUGAAACAUAAAUUUUUAUAGAGUUAUUGUAUAAAAUUUACAGGAAUACUGUAUAAUUAUAGUAAUGGCAAGAAAACAAAAUAAUAGCCUUAGGUUUUUGUAAUAUAAUUUUGUUAUGGCUUUUUCAUUCUACUAUUUUCUGUCAUACUGAUAAGUUUGUGUGAUAUAGAGUAAUUAAAUUAAUGUUUUUUCUCCCUUACUACACCAGGUUUCAGGGGCAUAUACCUAGCUUAGGGGGGGGGGGGGGGGAUCUGGAUUAAUCGCCUAGCUUCAUAUUUUGUUAAACAGCUGUGUUUUGCUUUGUAGCAUACUUCAAAUAGGUAUUUAAGUUUUUUUUUAAUUCGUGUUUUUUGUCUUAGAUUGUACGUAAAAUAGGACUUUUUAUGCAACUUAAAAACAUUUGGCCUUAAAUUCCACUUAGUGCUGUUCUAAAUUUUUGGCAGACAGUGCCACAAAAACCCACGUGGAAUAAAAUUGUGGCUCUGCCUUUGUGACCAGGUAAUUAUUGAGUUGUAGUUGCCUUACAUGCUUGCUUGAUUACGUCUCACUGAAACCAUCUGCUAAUCAGCUAAGCAGGUUUUUGUUAAGUCACUUUGUUUUCGUUUUUAAUGAACAUUCCAAUGCUAGUCUGUGCUCGAGAGAGCCAGCAAUGUUGUGCCUAAAUUUGUUUUGGCAGUUUGUUUCAAUCCUUAGAGAGCAACUGACUAUACUUAUUAUAAAUAAGUGGUGUUGGCAUGUAUGACAUACAUACUUAUGAAUGAUAUUAUUUUUAAUAACCUUCAUUAUAGAUUAUUUGGGGUUUGUUAUAUAUUUAAUGUUGAACUGUAUUUGUAUGGCAUAAUUAUAAAAUGUUAUUACCGUACUUGGUUCAUGGUAUUUGAAUUAUAUUAUUAUCACUAACUUGUUUGAUAUUUGAACACAUUUUUUUUAGCAAUGUUUUAAUUAUGCCUUAUUUUAUGUUCAAAUCAUGUUGUCUUUGUUGUGACCACACAUGAACUCUCUUUGCAAUCCUGGGUGUGUAUACACAUUAUAGUAACUUCUUAUGUAAAAUUCAUUUUUGUGCAGUUGCCAAUGAUUCAUCAGUAAUGUGUUGAGCCUAAAUACUUCCUUGUUGGUUACCAUUAGUUGUGUAGACAUGUUUUGUUGGCUCUCAUGAACUGAAUCACCAAGUUUUUAUGUCAGAUGUGAAAAGAUAUAAUGUAGCGGUGAAUGAUGGAAUAGUAUUGGUAACUCACGUUCAUAGCAUAUUUUGCGUAUUGGUAACUCACAUUCAUAGCAUUUUUUGCCUGAAUAAAAUUAGGUAGGUAUAUAGCAAUAGCAUCCAUGUAUUGGCAGUCUCAAACAUAAAUAGUGUUCAUGAUAGCAAGUCCAAAACAAACAACCAGGAUGAAGUAUACUUAAUCCCAGCUGCCACGAAUCUAGACUAACCAGAUAUGGUAAACCUUCAAAUGAAUAAUAGUAAUUUAUUGACUUUUAUAAUUGUAAAAAGACUCUAGAUGCUGUCAAAAGUUUAAGUGGUGGUGCUACGUCACUAUGGAGUUCAACAGCCCUAUUUAAUAAGUGACAAUAAAAAAGUCACAUUUUUACUUCCUAAAUAUUAUUGUCUUUAGUUCAUAUUUUAAUUUGGAAUUCUGUACAAAUAUUUAAAUUUUAAAAUAUAAUUACAAAUAGUUUAUUAUACAUAUUUGAUUUGACUUUGAAUAUUUACAUUCCGAAAUAAUGAAUAUUCAAUUUCAGGGUGUCGACCGACCGGGAAAAACUGGAAUUGUACAGGAAUUAUACUGCCCGAGAAAAUACGGGGAUUUUGCGGGAAUUUAUCUCCAUGUCCGGGAACUUUUGACUUUUCCCCGCCCGUCAACAACAUUUAUAUAUUAAUAUUAAAAAGCGAAGAUUUUACUGCAACACAAUCGUGAAUCGUGUGAUUAUUGCGUCUCUACAAUAUACUGGUGCUUUAUUGUAGAGUGCUGAAUGCAGACGAUGGGAUCAACCAACACAAGUUGCCGCGUAAUCGUGUUAACCACUUGCGUAAGGCGCGUGGACUCGCCCAGUUUGUUUUGUUACUGUGGUCAUUCGUUAAUGGUCGUUCCCGCUCAUGCUUAAAUUUUUUCAUCCAGUUUAUUUUUACGUGUUGUAUAGUGUGGUUAUUGUUAAAGUUCGUCCGGAUGGUAAGUAAUAUUAAUAAUGCAUCUUUGUGUGUGUGCAGAAGUAUUUAUGAUAAAUCUUUUUAUUAAAAAAUUGUUUUCGUUUCGUGAACAUCGGAAGAAAGUAGACAACAUACCUGCAAAAUAUAUCGUAUUUGCCGGUGUAUAAUGCAAGAAUUUUAUGCUGAUUUCAGUGGUCAUGAAUCAAAAAUCAUAUUAUAUGCAGUGUCGUAUUAUUUUUGUAUACAAGCGACCAUUAUCACGUGUGUAUAAAAAUUAAGCGCGUAUGACAAAGUUAAUUGCGCCGGCCGGCGACAGCUGCAAGCCAGUCUUGCUCUGUGUGAGUAUACAUCCACCCCUUGAAGUAACGCUGCUCGAUUAGUGCCCAUUAAUUAGGGCUCUUUUUGAAGUAGCGUUCUUUUUCGUCUACAAAUAUUUUUAAUUUACACGCCCGCAUAAUGGCAACGGCACUUGUAUCAAACACAAUGCAACAUAAUAAAUCUCGGCACUUGUAUAAUUUAAAUAAAAUAACGAAUUUAAAAAAACAUUAGUUUUCACUUUUCCGUAAUAGCUAUUCAAAUUUUUGGUGACUGUUUUCUUAUGUCUAGUUAAAAGUUUUACAAGCAAUAAAGGUACGUUAAUAUAUCCGUGGAGGGUGUUUAUACAGCCAUGUUUAUGCUACUACUUCCAUCUGGCGAGAAUGGUCAGAAGCUUUCGAGGUCAGUUAAUCUCAUGCAUGCCAGGUUGCGCUAGUUGAAGUUGACAGCGCAUUACGUUUCCAGAAAGAAAAAAAAACUUUUUGACGUGACAACGUCUAACAAAUAGAUGAACGCCGGCUGCACGCACGUAAAAGUGUCCCGUUACGCACAUUCUUCCGUUACACUGUGUCCUGUUACGCUCAUUGUACGAUUGCGCCGCAUCUAUCUCUCUUCCACUUGGCUGUUUAUAAAGUGAAGUGAAAAGUUAUCAUUCCUUUAUUAUUAAAAUAAAAAUUAUUCAAUUUUAAUCAUAAAAGUAUGCAAUCAUUUCAUCAAUGUUUUGUUAUGUCGUUGUCACGUUAAACUAUCGUCCGUAAACCGACUUUACAGACAACCAAUUUUUAAACGGGAUAAAUGUGGAGUAUGGUACAGUAAACAUACAUAUUUCAAAGGCGGCAAAACCAAUUAUUUGAUUAGCGCUGUUUUGAUUAGUGCUCCAUUUUUCUUUGGAUGGAUUACCGUGUUACGUCGAGGGGCGUGUGUACUGUACUCUGUGGGACAGGAACUUGGUUGGCAAAAAUGGCAUUUGGCAAGUGGCAUAUCGCGCGCAAGGUCAUGCGAGUCACAUGCUUCUUUCUAAAACAGCACUGCUGCCACAAUUGUUUUGGGUGCGUGUAGUUUAUUUAUUUAUUUAUUUAUUUAUUUAUUUAUUUAUUUAUUUUCAUCCAUUUGACCAUACAGACAUUUGUACAAAUGGUAUAGGACACGUCAACAAAUAUAAGUUAAUACACAAACAGUACAAGUUAAAUAUACCAAAAAUACAGACACGGGAAACAAAAAUAAUAAUAACAAAACUGGUACUGGUAUAUAUACAGCCUCUAAAGAUAAAAGUUAAAAAUUUGACAGUUGCCAUGUGGCAAAGUUUGGCUGCAGUGCAAAGUAACCUAGAAUGAGCUAAAUUUUAUCAACAUAAAGGUAGGCCUAACUUUUCUGUGACAAAUUUGCUUGAAAUCCAAGUUUUUGGUAAAAAUAUUAUUUGUAAACAUUUUUUUGUACAAUUUUUUUUAACAUUGCUAUUAUCCUAAUUAGUGAUAGUGUAAGCUGUAAAUGUACAUGAACUUUUUUAUUAGUGUACUGGAAUGUACGGGAAUUAUACAGGAAUUCUGUGACCCAACAUGGGUAGACACCCUGAAUUUGUUACGAAUAUUUUUGACAGAGCAUACCUAGUGAGUUAGUCGAAUACCGUUUACUUUUUAAAUUCAUUUGUGCAAUAUAAAUAGAUAAAUACCCAGUUUAGAUGUUUUCACAAGACCGUAUAAGCAAAAUCACGAACAAUACUCUGCAUUUUAUAAAACCAAAUAAGUAUUCAAAGUUAUUUCGCUACUGUCUCGCGAAACAAAAGCUAAAAAAAUCACGUGGACUAUUUUUAAAAUUUUAACGUGGAAACAAACUAUUAUUUGUUUUCAUUUCAUCACACACACACCAGUAAUGGCAAAUAAUAAGUGAAUGUCAACAACCUCUGGCUAAAACACAGUGCGAUUGCUAUUAUAAUAAGUGAAUGCGAUAGUUGCAAUAGGAUGUAAAUCAAUAGUCACAAACAAUCUACUACCACCUUAUGACACAAUAGUAUCUUGCUGUAUGUAUCUAGUAUCUAUAAUGAAAAGUACGUUGUCACUCAAAAACAAAAACAUAAUUAAACAUAAAUAAGGAUCCUGGAUUCCAAAGGAAACAAGCAGAAAAUUGUGUUCGUAAUAUUGCUAAACUAAAAUACAGUUUACCUAGCUGCUGUUAACAACGAAAAAAAGUGAAUUGCAUGGGUUUAAACAUGUAAAAUUUUUUAUAAAAAUGGAUUAUGCAGUUCACAAAAAUUUUCUGAAUAAUAUGUAGAGUAGCUUGAUCUACGAAAUAAAGCAAUUGAAAACUGAAGUUAAAUGUUGGUUAGGUUAGGUAAGCUGCAUAAAGACAUUUUCUCAUAAAAUUUAAAUAUUUUGGGAACUAUAAUUUUACUGUACCUAACUACCCUUUUACUUCAGGAUUAUUUAUUUCCUAGAAGCUACUACACUACAUACGUACACUACUUUUUAAUUCCAUACGUAUUUGUUAUGUGAUGUGAAAUAUUUUUGUUAGCAAGUUUCCAAAUCUAAUUUUUGUUAUUCAAAUGUGAUGUUCGUAUUCGAUUUAAACUAAAAAAGUAAAAGUAAUAUUAUAUACGUUCAGUCCUUAUUUCUUGUACUAAUGUAGAAAACUAGUGAUGUAGAAAGUAUAAUCAAAUCGUAGAUGAUACGCUCUGUUCCUGAAGAUGUCUGCAAACACUGGACUUCCUUUUACGGACUUGAUUCUUUGUUAUUCUGUGAUCCAGGUUACAUCAAUUGGUUACAAUCUUUAGCACUAGUUCAUCGACUUGAAGUAUUCCAGACACAAUUACAGCCUUAGCAGUCUAUGUAUAAGUUUGUAGUUCACCAUGAUUUGAUAAUAAUGGAAUAUUGUAUCAUCCAGUUGUGUGCUGUCAUGCAGUUACGCGUUUCAUUGAUAUUGUUCUAGUAAAAAAAUAUUUUCUUUUGAGGUGAGUUUUGUGGUGAACUGCAGGCAAAUAUAGUUUUGUUUUUGGAUGUACAAUUUAAGCUGCCAGUGACUGUUGAUAGAUAAUUUAUUUCCAUUAUGGCCAAGUAAUUUACAUAGUUUUUUCAGUCACUCCAAUAAAUAAUGGACUGAAAAAUUAAUUUUAUUCAUUGCUGACAGUUCUUAGCAUAACUACAUGUGUCUUUAGUUAAUUUCAUUGUGCUAAAAAAAAAUGGCAAUUUGCUAUGAAUGUAGUUUUUAAUCUAGUAAACAGUUAUUGUAGGAUCACUUACUAAUUCAGUAUUGUGAAAAACAUUCAGGUGUUCUAUUGAUUGUGGGUGGUCGGUAUUUUAAGAGCUACCUUGAAAUUGUGUUAAUGUAUCAUGCAAAAGUUUUGUUGUAGGUAAUUAAUCAUGUCAUUUUGCAUUUAUAUAGAACAAGAACAUGUAUUGAUAUUUUCUUUAAUUAAAUUUAACUUUUGUCAUUUAAAGAUAUCAUGGUAAAUGUGCAAUCUCAUUUACAAAAUUUUAGAUAUUAAAAAUGUUAUAUACAGUAUUGUUUAUUUUAACUGUUAAUUUUCAUUGUGUUGUUGGGUUGACAGUGAAAUAAUAUUAUAU